CCCGAGCCCAUGGGCGCGUCCGCCGAGGACGAGCGCACCGCGAGCCCCAAAGAUGAGGAAUGGCCAGAAGCAGAGAAGGCGGAGAAGUUAGCGAGAGGAGCCGCUCUGAAAUGGGCUUCAGGGGUGUUCUACCGCCCCGAGAAACUGGAGGCGCUUGGGCAGUAUCGGAGCCGAGAAACCAAGAGGAAUAACUCCAUCCAGGCCCGGCUGAAGUCGACGGUGCAGUCCUACCUGGAAGGGGUGAGCGCGGGGCUGGAGCAGCUGCGGGCGGCGGCCGAGGAGGUGCAGAGCGUGCGCCGGGAGCUGGGAGCGGCGCGAUGGGCCCUCGGCGGCAGCGCCGAGCGCCGGCAGGACCUGCAGCGGAUGCGCGCGCUCAUGGCGGAGCACGUGCAGCUGGCCUCCGUGGUCAAGGUGCUGCCGCAGCUCUUCUCGGUCCAUGAGGUUUUCUCCCGCACCCUGGAGCUGCUCCAUGAGCAGCACCUGCUGGAGGCCCAUGCGGAGCUCAUGAUGCUGGAGCAGCUCCGGGACGACGUCCUUUUCCAGCUGCACCUCCGUGGGCUCUCCAGUGCCCAGGCCACUGUGCUCUCCUACUUCCGUGGUCUGCAGGAGCUCAACGAGAGCCUGGCCAAGCAGCUGUGGGGCAUCGUGGGUCGCAGCCUGCAGCUGGUGCGGGAGGACCCGGUCCUGUUUGUCUCUGCCGUAAGGAUCAUCGAGCGGGAAGAGAAAAUAGAUGAUGCUCUGCUCCUGGAUGCCACCUUCCUGCCCCCUGGCCGCCCUAAGGGAUGGAGGCAGAAGUUUUACCAUGUCCUCCAGGAGACCAUUACAGGAUCCCGCUUGCUCACUGCCCGUGUGGACACCACGGGCCCCGGGCUGUCCAGGCACCUGGCAGCGCUGCAAAGGGAGGUCGUGGCUGAGCUGCUCGUGGUGAAGGACCUGAUGGUGCAGUGCGUUCCAGCUCACUACAACAUUCUCAGCAUCUGCCCUGCCAUGUACCACCAGGCCCUCAGCAGCCAUCUCCAGGACAUCCUCCAAGAGGACCUGGACAAGCAGGGACUUUUCCUCCUGCUUGAGUGGGUGCUCCAUGUGUACCAAAGCCCGGAGAUGAUGGGUCACCCUGGCCUUCUCCCUGAAGUGGAUGUUUCAGCUCUGGGCCCCUUGAUCUCUCCUGACCUUGUGGAUCAGACGGAGAGGAAAUAUGUGGUGAAAGUCAAGGCCAGCGUGCUCGAGUGGAUGCAGAGAACCCUGGAGGUGGAGUUCAAGGAGUGGUUCCGGGAGGAAGAACCUGAGACCGACCACCAGGGCUUCUUCCAGUCAGCCCUGCCCGUCAUCGUCAUGCAGAUGCUGAGCGAGAACAUCCGGGUGGCCUCCCUCAUCACGGCCUCCCUGCAGCAGAAGGUCUACGGCAUGGCUCUGGAGGAGCUCGAGGCGUUUCUGGGCCGCCUGCGGGAAGCCCUCGUGCAGUGCGGGAAGGAGCACCAGAAGGAGCGUGCGGUGCCCACGCACUACGUGCCCUACCUGCUCGCCACGCUCAACAACAGCCUGGCUCUCAGCUCCUCUGUCUCCUCUCUGCACCCCGAUACUGCCCCCAGGGAGGUGCCCGCAUCCCUGCAGGCUGCCCUGGACAGGACGCAGCGGAAAGCCUGCCAACUGCUGCUGGAGGAGCUGCUGCUGGACCUGCAGCCCCUGUGCGUGCAGCUGCCCUCGCGCAAGUGGCUCUCUGGCUCCCAGCUGGUCAGCAGCAUGUGUGAAGUGAUAGACAAGUAUGCAAAGGACUUCUCCCGCAUCAGGAAACCCAUCUCCAUGCUGCUGCUGACGGAGAGCGAGCGCCUGGUGACGAGCCAGUACGUGCGGGCGCUCAUGCAGAGGAGGAUGGUGUGCAGGGGCCAGGAGGAGCGGGGCCAGCUCUGCCGGCGCCUGCUGCAGGACGCCACGCAGCUGCGGGAGCUCUUCCAGGGCCUGGGCCUGGACAGGAGCCAGCAGAGCCUCGAGGCCGUGUUUGCCCUGCGGGAGCUCAUCUGUCUCAAGGACCCCGCGCUGCUCAGCCUGGAGGUCCUGGGCUUCAUCACCAAGUACCCUGAUGUCAGCGACGAGCACGUCUCCAGCUUGCUGGACCUCCGCGGUGACGUCUCCAAGGAGCUGCGACACAUGGUGCUGGAAAUGAUGGCACAGCACCCGCAGGCCCCUCCUGAGGGCUACCAGUCCAUCUUCAGCACCAUCCUGGUGCCUGCGCCAGAGCUGCCGUUCUGCCUCCGCAAGGGCAAAUGUGCCUGAUGCCAGGUGCCCAGCCUGCUCCCACGCUUCCCCAGGCGUAUGGACCAAGCGGGUCAUCUCUGCAGCUCUAUUUGGGGCAGAAUGGAGCUGACAUGGGGCAUCCUCCCAUGAACACCGCCCCGGGCUGGGGUGGCAACGGGACCAUACGGUGUGGCCUGCUCCUGUGGUCUUGCCUCACUGAGGAAUUUCACCCCUGCUUCCCCCUGGCCAAACACCAGUGCUGGUAGACCUGGAGCAGGAGAAGAUCUACGGGUCUUUUGCCUGCCUGCUGAGGCAGUAAUUUGGGGCUAGCCUAUUGCUAGCAGAGGAAGGGAAUGGAGACCACAAGUGGGGUGAACAGUGACCGUGAGGCUGCAGGAAUUUGGGGGUUUCCUUGAGCAUCCAGCCAGCCACCUGGGGCAGCGAGUGCCCCGGCCUUUGACUCUUUGGCUCAAGGAUGAGCUGGAGCCCUGCUAGACCCAGCCUAGAAGGAGAGUUUUAGCCAUGGAAGGGCUUCUUUCAUUCGGUACUGCUUGGCUCGGCUCAGAGGUUGGAUCUGCCUUCCCUGUGGUAUCAGCCCAAACCCUGCAUGGAACUGGGGAGGAAGCCAAGUGUCUUGGGCAUCCUGGAUGGCUGGGAUGGACCGCAGGGUCCUCUUGUGCCAUCGCCUCCUGCCCCAUGCUGUUCCUGA